GCAUCGCUUACUCUCUGGUGAUUGAUGAUGUCAUCAUGCUUCAGUCGAGUAGCAUAUCAGUCUUGGCCUCAAUACAUCGCCAAUAUGUUACACCGGUUUGCAGUAUUGAUUGGAAACCAGUUGACUCAUGGUUACAGAUACGCCCUACUGACAAGUAUGAAGAAUGAAGACGCUUUAAAUCAAGUCUUACAUUAGAUUAAAUUGCAACGUCUUUCACAGUAAUACCUGAGAGUAGUAACAUAUAACGUGAAAUUUGUGAUCUAAGUCGUUUUUCUUACCUUUACAUGAAGGCAACCAGCUCAAGUUAACGCAUUCUCUCGAUUCGACUACUAGACAACAUAAAACAACAUGAAUUUAUCUAGGAUUUACCUAUUGCAUUGUAAAAUAUAUUUGUCAUUUUAUUUCUUUUAAAUACAGUGCUGAUCAUAUGAAUUCUGGUUUCUUAGAAGGCAUUUAUGCUCUAGUGCAUAGUUCUGGUCGAGUAUUAUGGCCAAUCCCAGUUCAAUUGAAAACAUCUUGUAAAGUUGAUAUUACACUUUUUCCAUUUGAUCAUCAAAAUUGUGAAAUACAAUUUGGUUCAUGGAUAUAUCAAUCUGAUUGGAUUGAAUAUCAGUUUCAAAUUUAUCCACAUGAUAAUUCAACAAUACCAAUGAAUUGGAAACAUUCAUCUUCAGAGCUAUACAAUGAAAUGUUGAUGAAUCAUUCCAAAGAAUAUUUAAAUAAAGAAAUAAUGAAUACUGAAGAGAAUAAAUGUAUUAAUAAUACGGAUGAAGAUUAUCUCACUAAGCAUGCAUUAGACACAUCAUCUUAUUGGGAUAGUACAGAUUGGAUGUUGAUUAAAGCUUCAUUAUCCUACACUCAUCGUUCAACUGAUCUUUUGACUGUUUGGAAACCGAUGACAACACCAUCAAUAACACAAGCAUCACAAAAUAUUCUUACUAAUCAUGAAAAAUUGAAUACUAAACAAACUGAUUUAGUACUGAAAUUGUUUGUACAAAGAAGAAGUUUCUUCUAUGUAUGGAAUAUUGUUAUCCCUUGUGUUCUCUUGACAUCGCUUACAUUGAUCACCUUUUGGACACCAGUUGAUUCGGGAGAGAAAGUCACACUAGGCUUAUCCGUUUUUUUAGCUUUUUCAAUGUUUAUGAUGUUGAUAGCUGAACGUGUUCCACCAACAGCUAAAAAUAUCCCACUUAUCGGAGUGUAUAUGACAUCAGUGAUGACGCUAACAGCUGGAUCAGUAGUUGUCUGUGUGAUUGUCAUUAAUUUGGAUUCAAGAGGUGAAAAGUUAACACGUGCACCGAAAUGGAUACGUCGUAUCAUUCAACUUGGUAUAAUUCGAAUAUUUUACGAAGAUGAAAAUAUUAAUAAAUCUGCUACUAUGUCUUCUAUAAUAGAAAAACUCUCAAUCCCAUAUUCCAAUCAUGAAAAUCGUCUUCAAAAGAUUACUUCUCAAAUUUCAACACUUUCUGAGUUAAAUCAACUACUGACUAAAGAUAAAGAACUAACCAAAGAAAUUCAAUCAGCUUACAGGAAUUACUUAUAUCCUUCAAUGUCAUUGAAAGAAAAGGAUCACUUUAAUGAACCUCUUAGUACUACUAACAAUCUAGUUUAUCAUCCUAAAAUGAACCAUCUUAGAACAAAAUUCAAUACUGAUGAUGUAGACGAAUAUUCAUUGCAUAAUUAUUUAUUACCAUUAAUCGAAGUAUAUGAUUCUGUUGAAUUAUUGAAUGAAAAUUUAAACUUCCGCCAAAAUCUUAUUACUACUAAUUCUAACAAUAAUAUGAACGGAAAUGAUCAAUUGAAGGAUUUAAUUAACUUACAGAAAGUUGAACAUGAACUGAUCAAAUAUGAAUGGAAGUUGAUAGCUAAAAUUACAGAUCGUCUAUUAUUUCUUACUUUUGUUUUAAUCACAACAGUCUGUUAUAUCACUAUAUUUGUAUGGCCGUUAGUAGCUAGUCCAUCUUUUUAUUAUAGUCAACAGAAAUUCAACUGA